GUGGUUUUGCGCAUGCGCCAUAGCACUAUGAGCCGGAAGUAACUCUCUCCGAUUUUUAGUCUGACACGUAGCACCGGCGGUUGCCCUGAGAAGACAGCGGCCCGGGAGAGCUGCUGCCAUGUCAAACUUUGAUAACUUCAAUCAAGAGUUCUACCAGACCAGCUACAGUAUUGAUGAUCAGUCUCAGGGUUACAAUUACAAUGCAGGUGGAGGACAAUAUAACAAACCGUACCAUUAUGAUUAUGGUCAACAAGGUGGUUAUGUACCACCAGAAAUGAUGAAUCAACAACAGCCUUACAUAGGACAGAUUUAUCAGCCCACACAAACUUACACUCCUACGUCAGCAGAAUCUGUUUACGGAAGCAGUUUUGAUGAUGAGCCACCCUUAUUAGAAGAACUUGGAAUCAACUUUGAUCACAUUUGGCAGAAGACCUUAACGGUGCUGCACCCACUAAAGGUAGCAGAUGGCAGCAUCAUGAAUGAAACAGAUUUAGCCGGACCAAUGGUUUUCUGUCUUGCGUUUGGAGCCACACUACUACUGGCUGGUAAGAUUCAGUUUGGCUAUAUUUACGGGAUCAGUACAAUUGGAUGCUUGGGGAUGUUUUGCCUUCUCAAUCUUAUGAGUAUGACCGGCGUUUCAUUUGGCUGCGUUUCCAGUGUCUUGGGUUAUUGUCUUCUACCAAUGAUUAUCCUGUCUGGCUUUGCUGUAGUGUUUUCUUUGCAAGGUAUUGUGGGUGUCCUCCUUACAGCGUUAAUAAUUGGAUGGUGCAGCUUCUCUGCCUCAAAGAUCUUCAUUUCUGCUUUGGCCAUGGAGGGACAGCAGUUCCUUGUGGCCUAUCCUUGUGCUUUACUCUAUGGUGUGUUUGCCCUGAUUUCUGUGUUUUGAACGGACUUCUGCAGUGGGACUACAAUGGGGCCUAACACACCUUCAAGACCAAUCUUCUCUGUCAUUAUGGAUCAACUGUUGUUAUGAUGCAAAUUUUGGAGGGAACGAGUGACGUACAACUUGUGUUCUUGUUUUAUAUAGAACUUUUAAGUACUGAAGGGACUCGGAAUCUCUUUGCUUUAGCUAAAUUGUAUGGUGUUAACUAGCAUGCUGAGAUGAGGUGUUUCCCGAAACGGGCACAAUGUGGAAACUGAAUAAUAAAGAGAAUUCUGAGUUGAUCAUGUUGUACAUUUUAUAAUAAAGUUAUUUAAACUGUCA